ACUGCCAUUCAAGGAUUCGGAAAAUCUUUAUAUUCCAGCACCGAGUAAAGGCUGAAAGUAAGAAGAGACAUAUAUUUUUUUUUUUUUCUUGAUCGCGGUGAGGAACAGAGAGAUCCGCCGUUGACAGAAGUUGCUUCACUUACAUGCAACAAUUUUGUAACAUCGUACAACGUGAAUAUGUUCUAUUUUCGUAUAAUUAUUUCAUCAACAAUAUAAGACUUUGAGUGGGGGAAGUAUAAUAUCUUCGUCUACGAUGCGGGUUGAGCUUACAAUUAGUGCAUUCGGAAGUCAACAUGCGGCAGCGAGAAACGGCAAUCCUGAUGGUGAUCCUGAUGCUCAGCCCCAUGUUCGAAGACGUAGAGUCGUUUAACGUGGCCGGUGGCGGAGGGGCCGGAGGAAUCGGAGGUAUUCCGUGCAGAUGCCCUGACGGUAACACCUGCAUGUUGUCCGGCGGUGGCGGGGGCGGCGGAGGAGGCGUUAUAACUUGGUGGGGUGGAUAUGCCCCAGGUCAAGAUGGCAGAGACGGAACUCCGGACGGAGUUGGGGGUGAAGGAGGUGAAGGCGGCAGAAUAGGAAAUGUUAUCGGCGGUAGAGGAGGUAGAGGAGGUGGACGAGGUUGAACAGGAAAAAACCAAGGGAUCACGGAAAUAUUCUGGGAAUAGCACGAUUAUAAAUUACAUCUUUCUUGAUUAAGGAUGAUAGAAAACUCAUUCUUACCUGCGCUACUAAGGAAUCGUACUGAAUUGUAAUUUUGCAAAACAUAGUGUGGUAAUAAAAUACUUUCUGACAUCAAA